UAUCGUCAUUUUGGCAUUAGAAAAGCGCAGUGUCGCAAUAGGUUUGCGUUAUACGUGAAAAUGUUACCUAGCCGAAACGCUCAUUUAAACUGCUUAAAGUUGAUCAGAGAAAUCCGAUAAUUUCAUUUCUGUACUUGUAUGUCCGCAACUGAGUAUCUUAAGCUAGCUUACGUUGUUAAUAUAUACUUAAUAUUCUCUCAUGGUCAUCUACAAUCACCGCUGAAAACACGGCGCAAGGCGGCUUUUCCAUUUUUCCUCUCAGCAAUGGCAUCAACAAAGCUACCUGAGCAGAAAGUUAUUCUCUGUGGAGAGUACGGUGUUGGGAAGAGUUCGCUGUUUCGUAGGUUCACGACUAACACUUUCGUUGCAAGCAACGAUCGAAGCUCCACGCUUGGUUUGGACCAUUUUGACAAAGUCUAUAAAGUUGCGGGACGGGAUCUCAAGCUGCAGCUCUGGGACACUGGGGGCAUGGAGCGUGUGGCAUCCGUCACGUCCAGCUACUACAAGUUUGCUGAGGCAGCUGUGUUGGUGUUUAGCCUGGACAAUCCUGACUCAUUCAACAUCUUGUCACAGCACCUGCUCGACAUCGUAAGCUAUGCUGAGAAUGCUAAGAUCUUUCUCUGUGGAAAUAAAGUUGACUUAGUAGGCCGCAUAUACGUCUCAGAAGCAGAUAUAGAAGCUUUCUGUGAGCAGUGCCACAAUCUCAUGAGUGGGGUUUACCGCACUUCAUGUAAAACUGGUCAAGGCAUCGAGGAGAUGUUCACAGACAUUGCACGGCAGCUUGUCAUGUCUUGCAGAGUGAAGGAUUUGGAUGAUGUGGCCAAAGACUCAUUCAAGGUCACCCAGCCAGAAGAAACACAGGAAUCAUGUAGUUGCUAGGCGUGAAGGAUCAGCACACUUAAGAUAAAAACGCGAUAUAGCAGCUGACUUAAAGAGAAAGUUGAAAUCCUUCAAACCCACCUGCUUUCUACUGCAUAGGAUAAACCCAUUGCCAAUUUUUCUCAAAAUGGUGCAUUGUUUUGUGCCUGUUAGUGAUCAUGGCCAUUUUUGUAUAUCAGCACGAAGGUGCUAUUUGACGUGGACUUAAGAGGCAUUUGUUUUCAUUGCUUUAUUACUAGGUCAUUUUGGCCCAUGCACAAGCCAUAUUUCAGAAUUUUCCAGUCACUUCCAUAGUGCGAGUUACAACUGCUCUUUAAAAAGCUAUUCAGUGUUGAUUUGUUUUCACAUUCUUAUCACGUUGCCUGCACAAGGAUUGUGUCAUUGUGUAUGAGUUUGCCAGUUUUUUGUGCAACUUUACAAACUUUAUGCAUGUCAAAAUAGAUUGUACAUUCAUGUAAAAGUGUUGUAUAGUUAGUUACCAAUAUUGUGCAAGCACUUUCAGAGUGUAUUGCUUGUUUACAAAGCUGCGUAAUGGGAUUCAACAUGUAUCUGGAAUACGUGGCAUGUUGCUCAGCCACUUGGCCCAAGAUUUGUUUGCAGCCACUUCAUUCUUUGCUUGCCAGCUCAAUAAGUGUUGUGCAAGAAAGCUUGUAUGAAAAUAUUGUUCGGUCAUCUGCUGAUUGGGCAGUUUUUCAUUAUAUAUAUAUAUAUAUUUUGCAUUGAGGCAGAAGGAACAAAGUGCCAAACAUAUGUGGACAUAGUGGCGAAGCCAUGUUUUUUUGAGAUGGUGUCUAUUACAAUUGUUUGUUGUCGGUGAAAUACUAUUAGUUGACAGAAUGCUAUGAAACCAAUUGUCGUACGCCUUUAUUAUAGCUGUGCUAUGUACAUAUCAUGUAGUUUCCUAUCAGACAUGCAUCUUGCAAAACAGGGAGCCCUUAUGGCACCAUGCACUGUUCACAGUUAAUAAUUGGGUAUAAUUUUCAAGUUUUGCUAAUAAAGUGCUUAUAACAGUAAA